GCCUGCGCGCCCGCCGCAGCUAUCAUGGCGGCUCCCUUGGCCCUAGUGCUGAUGGUGGCCGUGACCGUGCGGGCGGCGUUGUUCCGCUCCAGUCUGGCCGAGUUCAUCUCCGAGCGGGUGGAGGUGGUGUCCCCACUCAGCUCUUGGAAAAGAGUGGUUGAAGGCCUCUCACUGUUGGAUUUGGGAGUGUCUCCAUAUUCUGGAGCAGUAUUUCAUGAAACUCCUUUAAUAAUAUACCUCUUUCAUUUCCUGAUUGACUAUGCUGAAUUGGUAUUUAUGAUUACUGAUGCACUCACUGCCAUUGCCCUGUAUUUUGCAAUCCAGGACUUCAAUAAAGUUGUGUUUAAAAAGCAGAAACUUCUCCUAGAAUUAGAUCAGUAUGCCCCAGAUGUGGCCGAACUUAUCCGAACCCCAAUGGAAAUGCGUUACAUCCCUCUGAAAGUGGCCCUGUUCUACCUCUUGAAUCCUUACACCAUCUUGUCUUGUGUUGCCAAAUCUACCUGCGCCAUCAACAACACUCUCAUUGCUUUCUUCAUUUUGACCACAAUAAAAGGUAGUGCCUUCCUCAGUGCUAUUUUUCUUGCUUUAGCAACAUACCAGUCUCUGUAUCCACUCACCUUGUUUGUUCCAGGACUCCUCUAUCUCCUCCAGCGGCAAUACAUUCCAGUAAAAAUGAAGAGCAAAGCCUUCUGGAUCUUCUCUUGGGAGUAUGCCAUGAUGUAUAUGGGAAGCCUAGUGGUGAUUAUUUGCCUCUCCUUCUUCCUUCUUAGUUCUUGGGAUUUCAUCCCUGCAGUCUAUGGCUUCAUACUUUCUGUUCCAGAUCUCACUCCAAACAUUGGUCUUUUCUGGUACUUCUUUGCGGAAAUGUUUGAACACUUCAGCCUCUUCUUCGUAUGCGUGUUUCAGAUCAACGUCUUUUUCUACACCAUCCCCUUAGCCAUAAAGCUGAAGGAGCACCCAAUCUUCUUCAUGUUCAUCCAGAUCGCCGUCAUUGCCAUCUUCAAGUCCUACCCGACCGUGGGAGAUGUGGCCCUCUACAUGGCUUUAUUCCCUGUAUGGAACCACCUCUACAGAUUUCUGCGGAACAUCUUUGUCCUCACCUGCAUCAUCAUUAUCUGCUCCCUGCUUUUCCCUGUCCUGUGGCACCUCUGGAUUUAUGCAGGAAGUGCCAACUCUAAUUUCUUCUAUGCCAUCACACUGACCUUCAAUGUUGGGCAGAUCUUGCUUAUCUCCGACUACUUCUACGCCUUCCUGCGAAGGGAAUACUACCUCACACAUGGCCUCUACCUGACCACCAAGGACGGCACGGAGGCCAUGCUUGUGCUCAAGUAGGUCUGGCUCUACACAGGCUGCACAGACUCCAGGGUGGAUGGGCCAGAGGCUGGCCAAGCCCUCUCGCCAGAGCUGCCAGCGGAAAAGUCCUCAGGCAGCUGGGAUUCAGGACCAUGAAUCGCUGGCAGCAAGGCCUGUG